GAAAUGCAGCACUUGUCAUAUUCAUAAGAGUGCUGUGAUGGUUUCUGAAGUCGUGUCUCAGCUCUGACUUCCUCUGAGAGCAGCCUUCAAACCCAGAUUCGUCCUCUGCUGCCGUCUUACGUUAUGUUUACCUCCCCCAUGGCUGUCUCUGGUAUACUUUCUCUUUUAUAGCCUCAGCUUCGAGCGGGAGACCUGCAGAAGUUUGGAUGAAGUGACCAUGAAGCAGGACAGCGACGCUGUGAACGUCCCUGCGUGCUUCAUCUCCGGCCACGAAGGAUUUCUGGGAAGCAUCAAGAACUUUAUCAAAGACUUUGUGGUGACUGAGAUAGACAUCAGUGGACAGCGGGUUAAUAAAGAGGCGGCGGCGGCGGCGGCGGCGGCAGCAGCAUCACACGCCCCGGGCUGUGCCUCCUCGUAUAAAUCCAACGAGACCACUGCGGAAUGCCAGCAGACUAAUCAUUCCUAUGUAUCGCACAACGCGUAUGUGUCCGCUGACUGCGGGGUGGACGUUGCCCUGCCGAGUCCAGGCAGUUUUGACCUAGGUGUGAUCUUAGGCCAGUCAGUCAGCGACGAGCUCGAGCAGUUUGUGUUGACUCUCAAAGACGAAAAGCCCACCCAGCAGGAGUUGUCGCUGGGAUCCUUCGCCGACAAACACCACAGAGCCAACGUGCACCGGGCCGUCAGACACCGCUUCCCCUUCCUCAUGACGGUGACCAUUCAGCCCGAGAUCCGGGUGAGGGAGGACCCCGACUACAGGGAGCUCUCCCAGCUGGUCACCGAGGACGAGGCGGAGGACUUCUUCAGGUUCAUCGACGCCAAGGUGCGCGGCUCGUCCUACACAUUUGCACCCGACGACGACAAGGAGCACCGGACGGUGGUCCACCACUUCCUGAGCCGCAGGUUCGGGAAGCUGGUGGAGACGAAGAGCUUCAGCGACCUGGGCAGCACGGCGAUCUCAGUGAGGCUGAGGGAGCGAGGGAGGCCGAAGAAGAGAAGCGCUGAGGAGCGCAAGGAGGAAGACGUUUACACUGAGUUCACUCUGUGUAAGGAGAACCUGGAGACCCUGGAAGCCAUCAGCUACAUGGCAGCAGCGCUUGGGGUCUUACCGUCAGAUUUCACCUACGCUGGGAUCAAGGAUAAGAGAGCCAUCACCUACCAGUCCAUGGUGGUCAAGAAGGUCUCGCCUCAACGGCUGAAAGAGAAGAGGGCGGAGUUCGAGAAGAGAGGGAUGCGCCUAUCCCAAGUCCGCCCUGUCAGCGAGCCGCUCAGGUUAGGACGACUGCAGGGGAACCACUUUGACCUGGUGGUCCGUGAUCUGAGGCCGCACAGGGCCGGCGACACGCACUCCUCCGACGCAGACAGACACACUCGACUGGCGGCGCUGGUAAAGGAAGCAUUGGAGAACGUCAAGGCCAGAGGUUUCGUCAACUACUAUGGGCCACAGAGAUUUGGGACUGGACAGAGCGUCCAGUCUGACAGAGUAGGGCUGACUUUGCUCAAAGAAGACAUGGUGAGUGCCGUGCGCCUCUUCUUCACUCCAGAGGAAGGCGAUGAUCCUCAGAGCCAAGCAAAGAGACACUUCCUCCAGACAGACAACGCUAAGGAGUCUUUGGCUUUGAUGCCACUGUGUAAGGCCAGGGAGCGGCUGAUGCUGCGGGCCCUGAACCGCUACGGGACGAGCCCGGACGGUUGUGCCCAAGCCUGGCUCAGCCUGCCCCACAGCAUGAGAGUCUUCUACCCACACGCCUACUGCAGCAGGGUGUGGAACGACGCGGUGGCUCACAGGUUGGCCACUCUGGGCCACAGUGCCAGGCGAGGGGACCUGGUGUGGAUGCCGGAGGGGCAGAGCAAAGCGGACGACGGUGGAGAAACCAGCUGUGCUCAGAUCCAUGUAGUGACAGACCAAGAGGAGCAAAAUGAAGUCUACACACUUGGACAAGUCUUGCUGCCGAUGCCGGGAAACACGGUGAAAUACCCAGAGAACGCCAUGGGGACCUGGUACCAGGAGAGAUUGGCCAGAGACGGGCUGGAAGAUUGUCGCUUCAGAGUCAGCGGCCUCAAGCUGAAUCUGCCUGGCUGCUACCGCCCCCUGUUGGCCCUGCCACGCAACCUCAAGUACCAGCUUCAGAGAGCGGCCUGCAGGGAGGGAGGAGGAGGAGAGGUGAAAGGAGAUAGGAAGCAGGACUUGCCCACUCUCACCUUAAACUUCGACCUGGACUCUUCCUGCUACGCUACCGUCUGCCUCAGAGAGAUCAUGAAGUGUGACCUGUAGUGGUUAAAGGGGGGGGGGGGGCUUCUGUUCCUGUUGUGUUCUGUGUAUCUUUGUGUGUGGAAAAGAGGCAGCUUUUUGUAACCCACCAACACCGUUUUUUGUAACUUCACUUGACCCUAAUGUCAUUACAGUAUCAGUAGAACUGUAGUUUGUUGUUGUACUGAGCAGACGAUCGUGGUAACACAUAGAAAUACAAAAAAAAAGUAUGAUGUGCAGUUUAUAAAACUUCUGACGAAAAAAGGGGGUAACUGCCAAAUGUGAACAAAUCUAAAUGUAAAAGCAUGUAAGCAGUAUUUGUGUUUUGUGUCAUGAAUAAAACUUUCUGAUUAUGACAAAUCAA